AUGGCUCUCCCCUCUGCCGCAUCAGAGCACUACCUUGAGCAACCCACGUAUGAUGAUCCUCCUGAGGACAGUUCACGCGAGCAAAGUCAAAACGAACCUCAAGAAAAUGACGAUAACCCACCAGGUGGAUUCGAUCCAACUCCGCUCCCCGACGCUCCUCCUGGGUAUACCAUCAAAAUCACCUUCCACAAGGCUAUCAACCUCCCAGUGGCCGAUAUCCAGACAGUAUCCGCCGAUCCAUACAUCCACGCCACACUGACUGCUGAUGUCCCCAAGCGACACCCAGAAGACCCUCCACUCACGCGCAGGACACGGACUAUACAUCAUAGUCUGGAGCCGGUAUGGGAGGAAGACUGGAUUGUUGCCAAUGUGCCAACCACAGGAUUCGUACUAAAAUGCCGCCUAUACGACGAGGACUGGCCAGACCAUGAUGACCGACUGGGCAAUGUUACCAUUAAGGUGGAUCACCUAGACGAGGACUGGCCGGGAUUUGGACUGGAUGGCAAGUUCUUUGAAGUUAGGAAGCGUUCGGGCAGCAAACGGGCAUAUUUCCACAAAGGCAUUGAGGCCCUCAUGAAUGGACUGAAAUGGACAACACCUCAGAUACACAUCAGCGUUAAUGUCCUCGGCCUCUCGGAUCCACCUCAUGCCCAGAUGUGCACUCUGGGUCCUACCUAUUGGGUCAAGCACUUCAGUCCCAUGAUCGGGCGGCUGACAGAGAGCAGUUUCCAAGCCAACGAAAUCCAACUUGCUGGGCCAGUUCCUCCCAAGCUAUACCACCGCUACGUCGAGUUCCGUCCCAUUAUCGGCAAGAUGUUUUCGCAAAAAGGUUUCAGGGGUCACAUCCUGAACAAAGUUCUUCACAAGCAACACAGGCGAAUCUACAAUUUCGACUCUAGUACCCAAUACGGGAUAUUUGCAGAACGCAGCAGGGAGGCUUCUGUACAGUUUCUCAAGAUGGCGCAUUAUGCGGAAGGAGGUCGCAUUUUCACCUACGUGCUCACCUUGGACGGCUUGCUGCGCUUCACCGAGACGGGCAAGGAAUUCGGUAUUGAUCUACUGAGCAAGCACACCAUGCACUCAGACGUGGCGACCUACAUCGCCUGCUCGGGCGAGUUCUUCAUCAGACGUAUCUCCAAGCGCCAUAGGCACCAUCACCCUCACACGGACUCUUCAAGCCACCAUUACAAUGACCAGGAAAGCGGGAAUGGCGAAAGCAGCACCUGCGAGAACGGGUUCGACCACGAGACACACGAUCACCCAAGCGCAUCAUCCGAAACCUCUCGCGACCCGGAGGACUACAAGCUCAUCAUCGACAACGACAGCGGCACCUACCGCCCAGACAAGUGCGUCCUGCCUGACCUGCAGGCGUUCCUGCAGGGGCAGUUCCCGGGUCUGCACAUUCGGGCGCUGGAUUGCGGCGACGAGGAGCACCAGAAGGCCAAGAAGGAGCAGCUGGAGAUCAAGAAGAAGGAGGGUGCCAAGGUCCGCAUGGUGUUGAACCGCAGCCCGAGCUCGAGCAGCUUCAGCUCGGAUGACGAGAGUCGCCUGGGAGAUUUGGAUGCGAUGGAUGAUGAUACGCCGAGGUACAAGAGUAAGAAGGAGAGGGUGUUUGAAAUGGUGGAGGAUCCGAGCACGUGGAGGGACUGGGUUCCGGCAACACUCCGACUGAAGACGCGGCCGGGAAAUGCAAAGAACACUCACCAGUAG